ACAGUUGCAGCAGUGUGCGUGUGUUUGUUUAUACGGGCGGGCACACGCUCAGGCUGUGUUGUGCACGCGCUUAACAAUCGGCGCAAAGUUUGAAUCUUGAGGAGGGAAACUGCCGAGCACAUCACCAUAGCAACUGUAACCGACUCCCGCUGUCAAAACCGUUUUUAAACCAGCAUCUAAUGAGAAUUUAAUGAAAACAACUAACACACAAAUUGAUGAGCUUAAUUUAUCCAACCUGUUUUCAGAAAGCUUCCUGACUGGUCAAUUUACUAACGUUAAACAAACUACAUGAGGUUUCCAGCAACAUGUACGAGCUAGUGUGAACCGUGAGCACUACUUAGUGUAGUAUGAUACUUGACUCUCAUAGAUUAACCCCUUAAUUUUUUCUUGUAAGGUUGACUGUGGUCCGUUAAGGGUUUGAAGGCUAUCUGAAGGUAAUGGAGGGCACACAGACGAAGGGCUUGAAAUAUCAGAUAUGUGGCUCUUGUCAUGGAAGCAGCCACAUGGAGCGUCUUUACACGCCCAGGAAAGAAUCCGGGCUGAGCAGCACCAAGGAAAACCAUGAGCUGGACGCGUCUCAGAAUUCACACAGAAAAGACCAGAGACGGCCAAAGGACCCUAUGAAAGAGUCUAAGAGAGAACCAUCAGUCCAAACGGGAUUGUGCGAGACUCCAAAGGUAAUAAAAAAGGACCCGUCGCUCCGCAGACGUCUGCUCGUCUCCUGUUCAUCCUCUGAUGGUAGGAAGAGUGGCAAUGCCACACCCGGAGAAGCCUCCAGAGAUCCCGGCGAGAGCUUCGACUCCCCAGACAUCAGCCCGACUGGACUGUUGUCCUACAGCACUUUGAGUGCCGAUUCAGAUUUCUCCUGUCGUAAACGGCGUCUGAUGUUCUCUCAAGUGAUUACUUCAACCCUUGAGACUGGCAGGAGUGGCGUCCAGAUGAGUCCCGUGCUGUUUCAGAACCAGGUCACCGAUGCCCUCACUGAACCAGAUCUUGACGAAAGCAUCAUCGCUGGUCUUCCUAGCUCUCCACUAGCUGGCAAAAACUUCCAGUCCCCUGUCAGCACAGAGAAACCCAGUGUUCUGGUCACCCCCACCUUAGCGUCCGAGGACAGUGGCUUCAGCUCGUUGGGUCUGGACAAAUCACAGGACGACUCGGUGGAUCAUGACGGCUCUUUCCAGGAGCUUGUGCUGCCGUCGUCUUCAUGUGGCAAGAGACGCUCGCGGCUGGAGAGACAGCGAAGGCUGUCCACGCUCCGAGAAGGGGGUUCACAGUCUGAGGAUGGACCCCGAGACCAGCGGUUGAGGCACAGUGACCCGAAUGCCCACAUGUGUAAGGACGAAGUGUUUCUGGACAGAACCCCGCUUAGGGAUACCACGCUAAAGAUGGAGGAUCUGUCCCUGACUCCAGCACUGCAGUACGUUCAUGUGAUAAGUCGCCGCAGCACACGCAUGUUACAGCAGCAAACCAGUUUAGAGGAGCUGCUGCGUGUGACGGAGGAAGAUGGACCUAUCAGAACCAGCCUGCCUCUCUCUGGGCUCAUCGGACGCAAAAUGGGCCUGGACAAGGUGGACAUCAUCUCAGAACUGAAGAUGCGAAACCUGAGACAUGUGCUAGCCGUUAUCCUGAGCCUUCUGUCUGCUGCUGACGUUUACAGGUUCGGCCACGUGUCCGAUGAAUGGAAUGAUGUCAUCACGGAGGAUAAGAAAGCGUCCCACAGGAGAAGAUGUCACGUCAGAGAGUUGAAGAGUGCACUAGAGGCUGGUAAAGCAGGUCAUGUUGUAGAUGCUGACACCAGGUUGGCGCUGGCGUGCAGGUCGGCUCUGAGCAGUGUGCAGGCUCAAGCCCGGACACCCCACACACACCAGUCCUGCACCCCGACCCGACACCCAGAGCGCCACUGCAGCAGCAAACGUGUGGAGUUCCUACAGAUUGCUAAAACUCUGUUCAACGAUGAAUAUCUGAAGUCGUGUCCGCGCUGUCAGCAUCCGGCGCGCUGUCACUCUCUGCGUGGUGAGGGGGUGUGCAGCUGGACCGACUGUCUGUUUCAGUUCUGCACGUCCUGUUUGUGUGCGUUCCACGGGUCCAAAGACUGCGCACACCUGUCUGCCAAACGCAGGAGCAAGAGAGACGUGCUGCCUGGCAGUGCCCAGAGCAAGCACAACGUCAAGCGGCUCUGACUGUGUGUGUGUUUUUAAUGAUGAUGUUUUGAUGAAUUUUGCACUUUUGUACAGCAGUUAUUUUGGUCUUGUGUGUUUGUUUGUACAUAUUGCUCUUUACAUGCUUGGUUUUUUAUACAUAGUUUUAAAUAAAGCACUUUUUUUACCUUAAACUUCCUUAAAUGUUGUUUAGUUAUAACACACACACACACACACACACACAGUAUUUACCAUAGAUAUAUCGAUCGAAUGUUUUGGCUUUAUUGAUUGAAUUUAGUUAAAUAUUACUUGAGAGAGAUAUAUGUAUUUGUUGUUUACAUAUAAUUGUUUAGAUGUCCGACAGUGGUUCAGUCCAAGUGUCUCCAGCGAGUCGGUCCACUGUCGGACAUGUUUGGGAAGCUCUCGGGAGGAUAUCUCCAGUCAUGUCAGGAGAGUUUCUGUCUACUUGAAUGGAGAAACACUGAAAUCUCUGAAACUGUUGGUCCGGGUUCGGAUCAAAGAACACAUCUGACGAUACUGGAAUCAUAAAUUGUGUUUCUUUACCUCAUAUUACGCUAAAACACUUUUCCCGGCUUGUAUAGCUAAUGCUCACGCGCGUUCUGCAGUUGAUUGACAGGUGAUGUUUGUAUCUGAAGGGUGACUGAAUCUUUUACCUAGUGGGUCUUUGCGCUCCAGUUUCUCCCAUUCAUUGGAAUAAAGCGACUCGUCUCUGCUGAAUGAUCUCUGGUUCAGUCGGACACUUCACGGGUUUGAAUCCGAACCGAACUCUUCUAAAUGACUCGCGCGGAUCCUGGUGUGUGUGUGUGUGUGUGUGUGUGUGAGCGAGCGUGUG